AUGUUCGCCAUCGGCAAUGCGGCAGAGAACUACCGGCGCAGCUUCUCAAGUAGCGCAACCAGCAUAGAUGCGAGCAUCAUCGCCAAACUCGAACGAGAAUAUGCGUAUGUGAGAGACCCUCUUCUGCACGUGGACGACGACAUCGAAUUUCACGACUUUAUACGUGCCAAAGCUCUGGGGAUCGAUUCCAACGAACGCAGCCCGCUUUCGACUACGGAUCCCAUAGUGCAGCCAAAGUCGAGUUUCUGGAAAUUUUUCCGUCGCGGGAAAAAGUGUGUCGAAAAGGCAUCAUGA